AUGCAGCUCCUUAUCAGAUGUAACGGGAGGAUUUUCCUGGCUGUUUGUUUAAUCCUCUUUGUGGGAUACACAGCACAAGGUGCUCCGGUGCAGAAGGCAAGGUACAAGAGAGUGAGGUGCCAGCCCUAUGCCUGGUCUGCGAACUGCAUCGAAGAGACGGGGCCCUGGUUUGACAUGCCCGCUGGCGAAGCCAACAGGAUCCUUCCUCCCAUGGCAGACCCGUUCCUGAUGAAGAGAUACCAGGAGCUGGGUGACAUAUUCCCGCUCUCAGAUGAGGAGUCUGGCUCCGGGUCUGACGCCAGAGUGGAAGCAGAGCCAGCCUCUGGAGCCAGCCUCUGGGUCGACAGCUUCUCCAAGGCAAAGCUGUCCGUCCGCCUCAUGGGCCUGCCAGGCGGCAAGCUGAAGAAAAAACUAACGGAGGAGAAUUUUCUCCUGUAG